CCAUCCACAACCGGCUGGUGGGCGUGUCCUAACGAACCCGAGGUUCAUUCAUAACUACGUUCAGCUUUAGGAGGAAAAUUAAAGGCACCCAGUGAAGAGCCGCAUGAAUCCCAACUAGGAAGCGCACACUCUCGCCAGGACCAUGAGCGAUGAGCCACCUCUGCUGACCACCCUCACGGAGAACGCCACUGAUGUGCCAGUGGCAUCAGCCAGGCCGGAUAACUAUGUGCUGCUGUUGGUGAUGCUGUGUGUUUUCGCUGGAGGAACGCUGGUGCUGCUCUCUGUUCUCCUUGUCUUCUGCCAUCGCUGCUGUCAGAGUGGACGCCGUUACUCGAGGGCCAGCGAUGACUUGGAGAAAACCAACACCACAUAUGUGGAAGAGAGUCAACCUACUCAAGACAUCACCAUCAGGAUGGAGAGCACAGACACGCUGUCCACCUCCAGCUGUCACGGCGAUGAGAACACAGAACGCUUCCAGUCCUCUGUGUACACGGGCCGGCGGGUUUCCUUCAACGAGACAGCCAUCUACGAGCAGAGCAAGAAGAAUCAGGAGAAAGGCCGAAGGUAUACUCUUACAGAGGGUGAUUUCCACCACUUGAAAAAGGCUCGUUUGACCCAUUUGCACAUUGCACCUCCAGCACUGAACAUCCUGACCAUCAUGGAGUGUGAUUCACCUGAGAACAGCAUCAGCCUGCGAGAGCAGCUGCAGCACAAACCGUCUCUAUCUAUAUUUCAGCUUGGUGAGGGCACCCUGCCUGAAUCUCAAGUGCCCUGGAGUAGCCAGAGUCCAAGCUGUGCACUGCCUGGAGAUACACUAAAUUCUGUUCUGGAUACCAGCUUUAUUUCCAGGACAAAUGAUGGAAGCUUUGAACCACCUCGAUCAAGGACAAUUGAAGCAAUGGGAAGUGCUGGUUUAAAAAUGGAGGGUGACCCAGGAUCCUCCCAAAUGGCAGGAGCAUGUGGAGCAUCUGGAGGAGGAGGAGGAGGAGGAGGUGGCUCAUCUUCAGGGCAGGGCACCAUGCUGCACUUCCUGUCCCGACUCAGACGGCAUGCGAGUCUGGAGGGAGCCAGCCCCUAUUUUACUAUCAAAAAGUGGAAGUUAGACAGCAGUAACAGAGCAGCCAGUCUGGACAUGAGAGGAUCUCCCCGGAGGCGAGCAUUUCAAAGACAGAGAGCAGCAAGUGAGACUCUUGAACAGGGGGAGGUGGACAUCCAGCAGCCAGGAGCAGGUGGAGGAAGUGAUUUUUUGUUGCACGUCAAACCCCCUCAGCCACAAGCUGACCCCCCAAGACGACUCUCUGCUGGCUCUUUGGAGUCAUCGACUACAGGCUGUCCACCCCCACCGGCCCCGCUCAGGAGGUUAGAGGUGAAGGCUGUGUUGGAAGUAAGUCCAAGGGUUGAAGACAGCAGGACUCAAACAGAAUGCAAGACAGCAGAAUCUCUCGGCCCUCAAGGGGAGGAAGAAGUAGAGGAGGAUAGAGAGAAUGGGGAGAUUAUACUAGGAGCAACAGGAGGAGAAGAAACUAGCACUGGAGGAGCCUCUGGAUUUGGCUUGGUGAACAGGCAGGAAAGCCUGGAGCAGCCCAACAUGUACCAGGACAUUUGGAGCCUACGAGCAUCACUGGAGCAGUAUGCUUCCUCUGACCUAAGCAGCAAUGACAGAGACUCCACACGGAGUGAUGCUGAUAGUGUCUGUUCACUAGGGGGCCCUGGUGCCUCCAGAGCAGGUAUGAUUAGUUACCAAUCGCAAGACAUAGAUGAUGAGAUUGAUGGGGACAGUGAGCUUCCAUAUGAUGAUGUGGUCAGAGAGGUUAGCAGCAGAAGGAAUGGCAGGGACAGUGUGGACUCAGAGAGAGGCAGUGACAGUGAGGCUGGAAGCAGGAAGCUUCUGCAAAUGGACAGCGGCUAUGCUUCCAUUGAAGCCCCAUGCAAAGCACCAGAUGAACUACGGCUGUUUGGAAACACUUCUGGAAAGACAGCAUCAGAACGGCGCCGGUUCUUUACAAAUGCUGGCCGCAAAGGGACGGUGUGUGAAAGUUUUGAGACUCGACUGUUCAAGGAGGAGCUGGAAGAUGAAGCUACAGAAAGCAGCAUUAGCAUAGAAUCAGAGGGUCCUCGUGCCACACCACAGGGGGAACCAAGUGUGUCACUUAGAAACACACCAGAAAUGGCGGCAGAAUCCAAACCUAGGCCGCGUUUUCGUCGCAGAGACUACAGCAUCGAUGAAAAGACAGAGGCCCUAUUUAAUGAAUUCCUACGCCAUGAUCCACAGUUUGACCAGCAGGGUUCACCUUCUUUACGGCUCAGACAUCGCUCUCGGGUCCACCUGCGCAAGCAGUGGCAACGCACCAAGCAGUAUAGUGACCCCGGAGCUGCUCGCUACUCACCAUCCUUGGAGAGACAGCGCAGUUACGCACUACGGAGAGGUGACAGUGCCAACUAUCCACUGGAUACGCGGUACCACAGCACCCUACCACGUAUUGCUAGUGCUGCAGACGAGGAGGCCAGCGAGGGAGCAGCCAGUGAAGGCACUGAAUCACCUAAAACACAGGGCACUGGUCCAGCUCAUGAAGACAACUCCAACAGCAGUAACAACAGCAGUCCUGUGGUAAAGUUACAGGAGGAUCAUCCCACCCUGCUGUUUUCCACACCCUCAAUGGACAGCACCGUUGGGGACUCUGGGGGACUGGAGGGUUGUGGGAGUACUGGGUAUCCUACAGAGACACAGAGAUGGUCGGUCACAGACCCCGAUUCUAUAAAGACAGGUAACAGCCAGUGGAACACAGGCAUUCACAUUCCAGAGAACAGGUAUCACAUGGAUAAGGACCCUAUGGACAAAGUCUAUAUGCAUAGUGUAGUGGAACCCAAUCCAUCCGAUAAACUGGUGAGCAGUUUAGAUGAACGACUAUAUACCAGCCUGAGGAGGACUCAAGGCAGCCAGGAAUGCAUGGUGACUAUGACCCGCACCUCCCCAGACCUAAACCAGGACUAAGAGUACAGGAGAGACAAAUAAUGUGAAUUUGUGACCUUGAGGUAUUAAGGCCAACCCAAUUACAAACUACCAUAACCUCAACCACUUUCAGAUAAAUAAUGCAUGUCUGUUCCUUAAUAAUGCAGGGUUAAAUGGGUAUGGUGCAAUCUCAAACUAGGAACAUCUGAAAAUGUAGUAAAAUCCAUAUGCAGACAAUUAUGAUAAAAUUUUUUUAAAAAAGACGGCUAUUUUAUUUUUCCUGACCAGAUCAUCGUUAACACCACUUACAAACUGCACUGUGAAAACUAGGUAAAACUAGGGUGCUUUUCGAAACAUACAAUUACAGGGCAAUUCAGAGUAAUAAUCACAAGUAUCGACUGCACUUUUGUUAAUUACAAAUUAUGAUGAAAGGUUCGGCGGUUUCCUCUCAAAGACAAACACUAGACAGGAUUACUUCUUCCAAAGGAAGUCAGCAGUUUCUGAUAAUUCAAUUAUGAUCACGUUACUCCUAAAUAUGGGUCUCUAAUUCCUAUGCUAUUCGGGAAUAGCAACUCUAUUCCAUUCCAUUCUUUUCAAUCACUGCUUUCAUAGAAUGCUGACCCGUAAUCCUCUUUUCACAUUCAUGUCUGAGAUUAAAGCAUUUCAUCCGCAAAAUAUUGCCCCAUUUGAAAAUGAGUUCAAAAUCAGUCUAAAUUUUAAACCAGUAGGCUUAAACAACCAGAGCUUCUCACCAUUGCUUGCUUUUGCUACGUUGAUGAUAAAGGCUGUAUUAUACAUGAUUUUGCAGCUGCAGACAUUGAAGGAUUAUUUGGCUGAGUUAAAAAUCGGUAGUCUAGGAUCACUUAAUACGAUAAACUGUACUGUAUUUACCAGCCAGUUUGCGACCAGAAACAGCUGAUUAACAAGUUCUUGCAAAUUUUGGACCAAAAGUAUGCAAUUGCUGUUAUGAGGUGCAUCUAAAAGUCACUUAUAAUAGUUUUCACAUUAUCAAAGUGUAGGACUAUCAUGAAAGAAUAAGAAUUUUGUUAGCAUCAGUUCAUACAGUGUGAGACAAGACUAUUGUUAUCACACAGGGUAAAGCAACCUUAGCAAAUGAAAACAGCACUUUUGAUUCAAGGGAACUGUCCAUUGAUUCUUAAUAUUAAUUCUGUUCAUCUCAUUUUUCAAGUGUCCUUGAUGCUAUGAUACAAAUCAUGUGCAAAUAAUGACACCGGCAUCAAUCUUGGGAGGUGGGCCAGUGAAGUCAGACAUCUUUCAUGGUUCUUUCAAGUUGUCUAAGAGUCACUUUCCAUUUUAUUCCUUAAUAUUAUUUAUUGAUCUGUUUUCAGUUCUAAUUAUAAUAUUUAUUAAUGUCCUAUGUUCUAUUAAGAAACUUAAUAGGGCUAAGCAGAUAUUAAUCACGACUAAGGGGAUGAGUAAAUGGCCCAGAGCUUGGAGAGUGUGAGAUAUUGAUUGUCCAUAUCAAAGGUCCCUGGCCUAAAAAAACAGCUUGAUUUUUGGAAAAGUUUGCACAAUAAAAAUUUUAACUUCGGAGGACUAGAUUACAGUAUUAAAUCAAUUCGUGACUCAAUUAACAGAACGGACUUUAAUAAGCAAUGAUGCUUAUUAAAGCAUCAAAUUACGAAACAUCAAAUUACUUUCCAUUGGUUUAUAUGAUGGAAAUCAACCCUAGUCUGUUGUUUAACAGAUUCUCCACUGAAGCAUCUUAAACAUGCAUGUUCAUUGCACACUAGUCCUUGUGGACAUAAAACUGUCAGAGAUCAAUGAUAACCCCCCCCCACCCAUCUCUCAUUUUCAUUCUCUUGGAGCUCUUUGUUCUCAUAUUACUUAUUGAUUAGCAGCAAAGAAAAGACAGCCCUUAAACAGCUGUGAAGGAGACAGAGUAUGUUUUUGCAGCCUGGGGUUAGAUGAUGUAGUGAUAGGAACCUCAGAAACUCACAUUAAGUGGACCUGAAGCAGUCACAUAAUAGUUCAUUAAAAGAUAUAAUACAUCACAAAGCACAUGGCAGAUCAUCAAAACAUUGUAGUUUUUACUAACUGUAGGUCUACAUUCGAAGAAAAAAAAAAAUCUUUAAUUGAAAAAAUUGUAAAAAGUAAUUUGGGAUAAAGCAUUCAGUUGAAAGUGAAGAUCCAGCCACUAAUAAAAUGCCAGAGUCUUUAAGUACUACAAACUAAAUUACGUGUAGUAAACUACUAUAUGUAGCAUUAAGUUUGGAGGUGAAUCUAGAUGCAGCAUGCAUUUGAACACAAGGUCAAUGGAUGUGUCUGUAAUUUUAAAUAGAGUCAGAAAGGUAAAGGAAUAAAAGAUCGAAGUAGAUAAAUAAAAUACAAAUAUGUACUGAAGAACAGUGAUCAUGUGUGCAUGUACUUUAUCCCUGGGCAUUAGGAAACUUGUGGGUGAUUCCAUGAUUGCAAUGCCAUGUAAUAAAGUGGAACCUCAACAUACGAACGCUCUCCUUACAAAUUUUUUGCCUUAAGAAUUGAAAAACGGGAGCCAGGUCCAGGUCCAGGAGCCGUUCAAAACUUGUUUGCGUCAGUAGAAAGUCAACCGAAGCGAGUUUUGCGAAUUUUAUGAUUUCUUUUUUUCAGUCAGCGAAGGCUGUUUCAAAAGAGUCAACCCAAGAUACCAACAUUGCCUUCAACCUGUGUUCAAGAGCUACCUGAUUUUUCGCACAUUUUUUGUUGAUUAAUUGGUGGCACGACUUCCUGUGAGGACCCUUGAAAUUGGUAAUAAAUUGGUAAUAUUUUUAGGGUGGCUGGAACGGAUUAUCUGCAUUUACAUUGUUUCUUAUGGGAAAAUUCGUAUCGCAAUACAAAUUUUCGCCUUCAGAACGAAUUAAUUUCGUAUGCCGAGGUUCCACUACAUAUAAAUGAAACUUUACUUUUUAAUUGAUGUAUCAAAUAGUGUUCACGAAUGUCUACCAACAAUUUCAUUUUCACAAUUUUAAUCUCUUGAUGAUGGCUACAUUUUGCUAAUAAAUUAGUAGGAGGGUUUAAUAGCAUCCAUGCUAACGACAUGAUGACAUUCAGGACUAUCAAAUGAUUAAGUAUUUCUUCAAAAUAAAUUAUUUUUGGUUGCUUUCCAAUCAGUCAAUAAUCUGAGUACCCCAUCAAGUCUCUGUCUGUCUGUCUGUCUAUCUAUCAUUGAACAUUUUCACAUGGGUGAAUAUUCUUCCCCACAGGAAAGUGACCAAAGCAUUUUAAAUGGAUUCACACUUUGCAAACAAUAAUACUUAAUACUUUACUUUAAUUCUGUUUUCAAGACAGUAAAAGUGUAGUUACAGUGGCCAUGGAGAGGCAAAAGGCAUAAUAAUGCACAUAGUUUGUUAUGAAGGAUAGUUUUAACUGUGUUUAAAAAUGUAUUUUACCUUCAUGUCCAUCAUUUGUAAAUGUAAUAGAUGUACACAAACGGCACCCUAAUCAUGGAAUCACCCCUCCAAAAGAAAAAAAAGAUGAAAAGAUCAUUGCUAUGGUAACAGCAGUAAGUUAAGAGGUCAUGGCACCAACUUUGACCUUCCAUCUCUUUAGGGAACAGAAGUCCUUUCCACUCGAAUUUCAUUUUUUUUCCUCCCCAAAAAUGAUGCAUACUCCAAAGUUAGAAUACUGCCUGAUGUAACCUGCCACCUACAGUUGUGUAGAACCUUUACUGAGACUGCAGCAUUUUCUAAAAACAUUUGAAGCAUUUUCUGUUCAUUGACAAUCUCAUUGUAGACUAAGUCUUCUAACAAAAGCCCAGGUAGACAUUUGAAGCAAUACUCCAUUCAACCCAUGCGUGAUAUCAAAUGUUUCUCUCUCAAAUGGAAAAAAAAAAAAAUCUCUCAUGUGUUUGUGUGCAAAUUCUGACCUGAACCCCAUGUAGGUGCUUGAGGACGUGAUAGAAUAGCAGCCGGUCUUCGUGUACAUGGAUGAACGAACCCACUGCUGCACUCCUGUGCAUGUGAGAAGAAAGGAAAUCAUGACAUUGGUGUUCUCUGUAGUUUCAAUGCUACUGAAACUCUUUCCCUCUCCCUCUUACCAGAAUAAAUGGUCAUGCUUUGA